AUGCCAUUUUUCCAGGAGGACAUUGUGCGGAGGGAAUCCGCUGGAGACGUCGCAAUGUCGUCACCACCAACCGGGAUUCAACAGAGUUCAGAUCAGUCACUCGCCGACCACACUCUCGAAAGAAGGCUCUCGGAUGAGAGUAUCAGGACAGAAUUAUGUGAUGGACCGGUUUAUGACGAGACAAGACCAAAGACUGCUGAAGACGGGGUUCAUCCAGCAUGCUCCGACCGAGCAGAGCUCAUUCAGCGGCUGAAGCGCGGCGAAAGCCCAACCUGGAUCUCAAGAAAUGCUGGUCGUCUUUCACCGUUCAAUAGCAGCCGUAAGCUUGCUGGUGAGCUUUUGGACUCAAUCUGGGGCCAACGCCCAGCAACGCCUGUCCGGAAUAUGCAAAGUCCACAGGGAACAUCAAGCAACUCUCCUGGUCUUCUCCCCCCACCCAACAUUACUCCCGAGAAAGGGGACCUGGAUGGCGAAGACGAAAGGAGGUUCCGAGAAGGGAUGAGUAUCGAAAGACCGCGCUCGGCUCUACAUAGCGGUGACUUUACUCAGGAGAAUACACCUACGCACAGACGGACGACGACUGAAGGCAGAAGAAGUGAUCAUGACCGGACGACCGACUACCAAGACCACCAUGAUCAUUCAUGGAUGGCUACUUCGCCUCCACGCGACUUUACACCCUUUCGCCUUGAACGCAUACAAACCAACUUUGCAAGAUCGGAAGAAUCACAACCCGGGUUCUCCUCCUUGUCUUCGUCUCUAUCCUCGACGAAUUUCUUCUAUCAACCACCGACCAGCCCUUUGGUGCAGUCUGAGAGCCAUGAAGAUCUCGACCUUGCCAACCCUAUUGACGGCAUCGAUAUAAAUUCAGGAUAUGCCAAAAGUUACCGUCGCCAUACGCUGAUGUCUGGCCUUUCCGGCUCACACGGAGUUGGGUCUCCGAGUCGGAUGUCAAUCCCAUCGCCCUCGCUCCGGCAUGAAAAGACAUUUCCUUACCAGGCACAUCAACCAAGGAGAUCUCUCACAUCCACGCCCAGCUUUUUAAAUGGCACACCGCCUCAGACACCAGGAUAUUUACGGUCACGGCGCCCAUCGUAUAGUUCCGACUCGUCCCCAAUGCAACAUGCCUCCAUGGUUGGAUCAUAUGAAGAAAGUAUUCUGCGGGGACGCAUGUCCACAACGCCAUCGAAACCACUCGACUUUGUUGCUCAAAUUGGUGUGCUCGGUCUCGGAAAAUGCAAGUCUACUCUGCGCUGCCCAGCUCAUGUGACCUUGCCGUUCCCCGCCGUCUUCUAUAGCUACGCGAGCUCGGCACAUGGCCGGUCCAAAAUGGAAGACGGUCCUAGUCCAUAUGUUGGGCAGAUCGACCUGGAGAACGGUCUUCCAAACCAGGAAGAGGAUGCCCGCUCGAAACGCAAGGUGCAGAGUCGAGCUCACGAACGGAAAGCGGCCGACGAGUUCCAGGUCCGAGACGAGGGUGUGAUUGGUCAUGCAGCUGGAGACGCUCGACGGUCGCAAAAACAGAAGAGAAGGUCCGGCUCACCAAGGGCUCCUCCUGGCGGAAGCUACCGUAUUCCAGAAAAGGGGCAGAUCCAGAUUAUAAUCAAGAAUCCCAACAAGACGGCAGUCAAGCUGUUUCUGGUGCCGUAUGACCUGGCGGGUAUGGAGCCUGGCACCAAGACGUUCAUCCGGCAGCGCAGCUAUUCUGCAGGGCCCAUUAUUGACAACCUUCCCGAACUCAAAGACACAAGCUCAGCAACCCGACCGACGCUACGUUAUCUUGUACAUCUACAUAUAUGUUGUCCGUCCCGCGGUCGAUAUUAUCUGUACAAAAGUAUUCGUGUGGUAUUUGCGAAUCGCGUUCCCGACGGCAAAGAGAAGCUCCAGAAUGAAAUCACGCUACCUGAGCCGAGAUUUACUCCUUACAAGGCCAUUCGUGUCAUGCACCCGCCGAUUUCAGCAAGCAGCGGUCCGGGGGCUAGCUUGGCUGCUGAAAAGGCCUUUAGAAGACGCAGUUCUGGCUUUUACAUGGGCGUUGCCGGCCAAACUUUUGAUUCUACUGCUGAUUAUAUCCUGCCGGAAACGCCUAUACCAAGGCAACAUUUCUCGUACAACAGCCCGGCCAGUCGCAAUGAGCCUCCUGUGGAGGCCGUGCCUUUACGUCUGCCUCCAAAGUCAUCUUUGCACGCUGUAAACAAGGACCGCGACAAUAGUCGGACUAGCAUAUGGUCUGCGAGCUCGUCCGAGUCGGGCCAUCCCAUGGAUACAGAUGCAAAUCACAUGCCCAGCUUUGGAGCGUCCAUGAGUCAGCUUGACAGAUACGACAAGCUCAGCAAAGGCGACGUAGGCUAUGGCGGCAAUCCAUUCUCUACCCUGAUCAAUGGUCGUCCUGGGACGGCAGAGGGUCUCUUGUCUCAGAGGCUGAGAACCCUCGGCGUCGAGGCCCCUUCGUUCCAUCCAUCAAACGACUUGGAACAAUAA